AUGUCAAUAAUAUCUGAAAAGCGGGAUUGGAAGGUUACCCUACCAUAUACCACACUAUACUACACUACCGCCGUUGCUCCGCUUGUCGUUCGUUCUAAUUCCGACUUAAAUCCCAGGCAAGUUCGACGGCUAGAUGCACAGAUCGACAGGAUCCAAUUGCACAUCUCCGAAUCCGCCCACAAGUCAACUGCUGCCGCCGCCGAAAAGCCAUCGGACGUGCACGAUGAAACUUUAGCAACAACCCAGCAGACCAUAACUGCGCUGACUGCAAUUGCAAGAGCACUCUCCACGGGCUCCCCGUCACGGCCCCUCCUGCCUCGCUCCCAUCUCCUGCAGCUUUUGCACCGAUCAGCAGCGCCCUCCCUUCAAACCACUGCUGCAGGGCUAGAAGAUGGCUACAUUACAGAUCUCCAAUGGAUCAUCGCCGCAAAGGCCACCGUGCAGACGCUGGGGAUGGUAAUGCGCGCGCUGCUACAAGAUAGCAUGCCGCUAAAUGAUGGCAUUUGGUACUGGGAUGAAGUCCUGAGCUCCCAUUUCUACACUGGCCUAUAUACCAUGCAGAUGCUACCGGUUAGGCUCUGGCAUCAGGCGCAGGAUGUCUUCCACACGUUCCGGCGGCGUCGGUUGCAGGCGCUAGAUAAGGACCUGGGCGUUUCAUCUGGGUCAUUGUCCGGCCGCUGGAGCAAUUUCUAUAACCUUGUCCAUCAGAGUAUCAAGGAGCGGUCCCCGGUGCAGGCGCAGAUGAUGAGGAUUUUGUCGCCGUUUGCGUUGUCACGCUCGCAGGUUCGAUCGAAGCGGAAGCAUUUGAAGAAUAUUCGGGAGAUUAAUGCAUGUGCUAUUGGACUGCUUGUGGAGGAAGGCCUGAUCUUUGAGAUGGAGGAUGAAGAAGAAGCCGGGUACGCUAGUAAUGGCUAUGUGGACAAUCUUGGGGAUUGGAAAGAUGUUGUUCGACGGACUGUCGUUCUUCUGCGUGUCGUCCUGGAAAACGUCGGCGGAGGUGAUGGCAAGGUUGCCGUGUUUGAAGACACUGUGUUUGCGGGUGUUGAGCAUCGGGUCCCGGCAGUAGAACAUCCAUCGCACAUUUUCCAACAACUAAUACAUGUUCUAGAGGAAUCUUUGCCCAGCCAACGGACAUCUACUGAGGCUCUAAUAAAAAAAUACGGUUACCCCUCUAAGAUCAUUCGCUACUGGAUACCUGCGUCGGCCCUGUGUUUUUCCCUCGGAACAAUCCUAAAUACAUUAACAAAUAGACGCGCCGAAAUAUGGACCUGGAUCUCCGAACUUGGUUCUACAAUGGUUGAUUUCUGGGCGAAUUGGGUCAUAGACCCCUUAAGGAGACUCAUCGGGACAAUACGGCACGACGAGACGAGCGAAGUCGCCAUAAUGAGCAAAGGCAGUCUGGAAGCGGAUCGAGCCAGCCUCGAAAGGAUGGUCGUCGACUUCGCCAAGGAUGUCUCGGAUCAUAAAUCAUGGACUCAGUCAGAUAUCGAUCUGCUCCGCUCCAAAGUUAAAGAGGGGGACCUAACUCCCGUCCUAAAAGCAUACGAGCGAGAUCUACGAAAACCGUUCGUUGGAACAGUGCGGGGAGAUUUGAUUCGUGCGCUGCUGAUACAGAUUCAGAAAACCAAGGUGGACGUGGAGAUUGCAAUCGGUGGCAUUGACGCGCUGUUGAAGAGCCAGGAAUUGGUUUUUGGGUUUGUCGGCCUUACACCGGGAAUCCUCGUCUCCUACGCCGCACUCCGAUGGGUAAGUGGAGCAUUCGGAAACAGGGCAGGCCUCCGACGGGGGAAGAAACAAGAAGAAAUGACCCGCGCACUCAGUGCCGUCGAUCGCGUCCUGACCUCCUCUUGCACAACCCACGAUGGCAUCCUCUCCUACAAGGACCACGGCCUAUUGAUCUGCGAAACCGAUAUCCUCACGCAAAGAGCCCAGAAUCUUCUGCCCGGGGCUACAUAUCAUGAGUUUAGAGAGGAUAUUCAUGAGCUCUUGAAUGUGCGUGUUGGUGUUGCGCGGCAAUUGCGGAUCUUGGAGCGGGUGCGGUGGGCCUAUGCGAAGUGGAACCGCUGA